GGUUUGCUGUUGAACAUAGCGUGACAGUUCCUCGCCCACCUGGCAUUACUUACUCACUCGGACCACAUUGACGGCCGCUGUGAGAGGUUAAAGAGAAACCUAAAGCUAACUGCAAGCUGUAUUUUUUUUCCUUUAAAGAACACUCCACUAAGAAGCUACAAUGCGUGAAUGCAUCUCUGUCCACGUAGGCCAGGCUGGUGUCCAGAUGGGGAACACCUGCUGGGAGCUCUACUGUCUGGAGCAUGGCAUCCAGCCGGACGGCCAGAUGCCCAGCCACAAGCCGGUUGGAGGCCACGACGACUCCUUCACCACCUUCUUCAGUGAGACUGGGGCUGGGAAGUAUGUCCCCAGGGCAAUCUUUGUUGACCUGGAGCCCACUGUCAUCGAUGAGGUGCGCACAGGAACGUACCGCCAGCUCUUUCACCCUGAGCAGCUGAUCUCAGGAAAGGAAGACGCAGCCAACAACUAUGCUCGUGGACACUACACCAUUGGCAAGGAGAUCAUUGACUCUGUCCUGGACAGGAUCCGCAAACUGGCUGAUCAGUGCACUGGCCUCCAAGGCUUCCUGGUCUUCCACAGCUUUGGUGGAGGCACUGGCUCUGGUUUCACCUCCCUGCUGAUGGAGAGACUUUCUGUUGACUUCGGCAAAAAGUCUAAGCUUGAGUUUGCCAUCUACCCAGCCCCCCAGGUUUCCACAGCCGUAGUGGAGCCUUACAACUCCAUCCUGACCACCCACACCACCCUGGAGCACUCUGACUGUGCCUUCAUGGUUGACAAUGAGGCCAUCUACGACAUCUGCCGUAGGAACCUGGAUAUUGAACGCCCAUCCUACACCAACCUCAACCGCCUCAUCAGCCAGAUUGUUUCGUCUAUCACAGCCUCACUUCGCUUUGAUGGAGCCCUCAAUGUUGACCUGACAGAGUUCCAGACCAACUUGGUGCCCUACCCUCGUAUCCACUUCCCUCUGGCCACCUAUGCCCCAGUCAUCUCUGCUGAGAAAGCCUACCAUGAACAGCUGUCAGUUGCUGAGAUCACCAAUGCCUGCUUUGAGCCAGCCAAUCAGAUGGUAAAGUGUGAUCCACGUCAUGGUAAAUACAUGGCCUGCUGUCUGCUGUAUCGCGGUGAUGUGGUGCCCAAAGAUGUCAAUGUGGCCAUCGCAGCCAUCAAGACCAAACGCACUAUCCAGUUUGUGGACUGGUGCCCCACAGGCUUCAAGGUGGGCAUCAACUAUCAGCCUCCAACUGUGGUUCCUGGUGGAGAUUUGGCCAAGGUGCAGAGGGCUGUGUGCAUGCUGAGCAACACCACAGCCAUCGCUGAGGCCUGGGCCCGUCUCGACCACAAGUUUGACCUCAUGUACGCCAAGAGGGCCUUUGUCCACUGGUAUGUUGGGGAGGGCAUGGAAGAGGGAGAGUUCUCAGAGGCCAGAGAAGAUAUGGCUGCUCUGGAGAAGGAUUAUGAAGAGGUGGGCAUCGACUCAUUUGAAGAGGAUGAGGAAGGAGAGGAGUAUUAGGCUUUGCUGUCAUUUGCAAAAUAUUUUCAGGGACAAAAUUAGUCAGUUAUUUAUUAAAUAUGAAAAAUAGAACAUAUUUUGCAAGUUGGCUUCAAAUUCAGAAAUAUUUGGUUGAUUUUAUGUACCUUUUUUAAUUAAAAAAUCUACCUUCAGCCUAAAGAUCUGAAGUUAUUUCUUUGCUGUGCCAUGAAAAGUCUACCUAAUUUCUACCGUAUUAAUUUGUUUUACCAAAACAAUAAAAUAUUGUGCAAUAACAUAUAUUUUUUUGUUUUAAAUCUUUGUUGUUGCUCAAUAAAUCCUCCCAGCAAAUGUA